CCCACGUUAUAAAUUCAGACAGGCCAGUUGUACUUAGACUUUUUGUCGAAGAGGAGAACAUAAUAAGCGGAAGCAAUGCCAGGAGAGACAGCAUGGAGCAGGGUGAGCGUGAGCCCCGAACCACCAGAGGACGACACCGGCUCUUAUUCACCAGCCUAUUUCAACGCGCCCUUUGUUCCCGCGGCCCUGACCGUGAAAUCGGUUUCACUGGAGGCGCUGCAAAAUGCGUCCGCGCAUCAGACCCGCCGAUUUGAGCUGGUCAGGAUGGCCAGGCCCACGCCUAUCUUCAGAAGGGCCCAGCAUUUUGAUGUGAUCGUCAAGUUCAAGGAGAACAGAGCUUUCGACUUGGAAAAGGACGCCCUGAGACUCGUCUUCAGCAUUGGGAGAAAUCCGAACCCUCUAAAGGGCACCCAGGGCCUAGUGAGCAUUUUGAACGACGCCUCCGAGUGCUGGCCGCCUCAUGAUGGCCGAUGGUAUGGCCGGUUGCAGAGCUCCAGUGAAACGGAAACUAAACUGGAGGUGCGAGCUGCUGCAGAUGCUCCGGUCGGCGUCUGGUCACUGACAGUGGAAACGGGCGUGAAGGAGGACCCGACCGCCGCACCCAAGGUCUUCGCGCACAACGAACACAUCUACUUGCUCUUCAACCCGUGGGUGAAAGACGACGCCACUUUCAUGGAGAACAAAAGCCUGCUGGACGAGUACGUGCUGACGGACGUGGGCAAAAUCUGGAUGGGCUCGCGCGACCAGCACCACGGCCGCCAAUGGGUUUUCGGCCAGUUCGACAAGGCGGUCCUGCCGGCAGCGAUGUAUGUGCUGGAAAAGACCAAUUUGGACCACGCAAACAGAGGCAACCCGAUCCUCCUCUCCAGGGCCAUCAGCAAACUGGUGAAUUCAAAUGACGACGCCGGAGUGCUGGUCGGAAAUUGGUCGGGCGAAUACUCGCUAGGAACUGCUCCGAGUGCUUGGACGGGCUCGGCCAAGAUUUUGGAGCAGUAUUAUUUGACCAGACAACCUGUCAAGUAUGGACAAUGCUGGGUCUUUGCUGGAGUCACAACGACCAUUUGCAGGGCUCUCGGCCUGCCCUCUAGAGCGGUGACCAAUCUCGUUUCUGCCCACGAUUCAAACGCCUCGCUGACCGUGGACAAAUUCUACGACAUCAACUCGCGUCCGAUGGAAAACGGCGACUCCAUCUGGAACUUCCACGUUUGGAACGAGGCGUGGAUGGCGCGACCCGACCUGCCCAAAGGCUACGGUGGCUGGCAGGCGAUCGACGCCACGCCGCAGGAGACCAGCGACGGUGUGUACCAGUGCGGCCCAGCCUCUUUGCAGGCCAUCAGACAAGGCUCGGUCGGUCUCAAGUACGACGUGCCUUUCCUCAUCGCGUCCGUGAACGCAGACGUCAUAUACUGGAAGUACGACCCGACCUCCGAGAUUGGCUAUCGCAGGAUGAGCGUUUCCACGGCCGAGGUUGGCUUCAAGAUUUUGACCAAGAAAGCGAAUAUGUUUGACCACACUGGACAAUCUGACGCGGAGGAUAUCACGCUGCUCUACAAAGCCAAAGAAGGAUCGCAAAUGGAACGCAGCGCCAUGUACAACGCGGCCAGGGGCUCCAAGAACGCGCAGCGCUACUUGCUGCAGCCAGGCGAGGCCAGAGAGGACAUCAAAUUCACACUGAGUGACCUGGAAAAGGUUAACGUGGGUGAAAACUUCCCCAUCGAAGUCAAUAUCAAAAAUGAAGUGGACGACGUAAGAACUUUGGACGUGAUUCUCUCGGCCAGCAGCGUCUACUAUAAUGGAGUCGAGGCUAAUCUGAUCAAGAAGGCCGCUGGCAAGUUCAAAAUCAGGCCAGGAGGAAAAGACACGCUGCGCCUGGCGGUGACACCUGAGGAGUAUCUGCCGAAGCUGGUCGAGUACGGAAUGAUGAAGAUUUUCGCCGUGGCCACCGUUUUGGAGACAAAGCAAACGUGGGCCGCCGAAGACGACUUCCAAAUCGUAAAACCGAAAAUUGCCAUCAAGGUCCCAGACGGCGUUACAGCAAAAAAGGUGUCCUCGAUUGAGUUCUCUGUGAAAAACCCCUUGAAAACCACUUUGCAUAACUGCAAGUUGCAAUACGAGGGUCCGCACGUGCUCACCCCAAACGUGACGCUCAGCAUGGCUGACAUUGGUCCCGAAACGGAAAUAACAGUCAAAGGCGACGUGACUCCUAUUCGCAAGGGAAAGUUCCCGCUUGUUGCGGUUUUUACCUCUGACGAGUUGGUCGACAUCACCGGCUCAGCAACCGUAGACGUUACACCAUGAGUUGCUUGAUUUAUGACACAUAAUGAUUGUUCCAAUUAAACUUUUAAGUUUUGCAUUUUUAAAAUAUCAUUAUCUACCGCCAUUUGUUUUCUAUUGUUGUUUUCUUGCAUAGCAAUAUUAAAAUAAAACAAUUCAAAGUUUUUGAAAGUGAUAGUUAAUUAAAAAAAAUUAAGAAGAUUUUUGUGGAUUUAUAAAACAUAAAUUCUUCCGCAACCCAGCCAGUCCUCAUCCACUAACAUUCUCCUAUCAUUCUUUAGUGGAUUGAACUGGCGAUAGAAGAAACCACUAACAAUCUUCUAAAAAUCUGCUAUCGAUAGAAGAUCGCAUCCACUAUAAAGAAUUUUAAUGGAUUAUUUUAUAGAAAAUUUCUUAAUGGUGCUCUUCUGCUAUCAAUUUCUUAGUGGUUUUCUUCGUGGAUUUUUAGUGGAAUUGACUGAUACUGGAUUUGGCACUCUAACAAAAAACCCACUGAUGUCAGCAGUAACUCGCACGCGCAUAACUUUUAUAAAUCUAGAAUUUCCAAAACACAUCAAAACUAUCCUAAAUAAGAUAAAAAGCUGAAAUAAAAAAAAUUCGUUUUGUUUUGAUAUUAAAUAUUAAAUAUAUUAAACAAGUUCCUGGGAACUUGUUUUAGUUCCCGGGAACUUGUUUUAGUUGAAAAACUUGCAGAAUGAAAAUGAUUUGAAAUUCAAAUUAAAAAAAUAGAUGUUUAAACAUAAUAAAAAAUUUUGAAAUAUCUUUGUUAGCAUUAAAAGCUUUUAUUUUGAAGCAUUUAGCACUAGCAGAUAAUUUCCUCGGAAAUUGGCUGGACUUGUAAUCAAAUAAUGAUAAAUUUUUUUUUUAAUAUAGUUCCCGGGAACUAAAAUAACUAAAUAUUUUUAAAUUUAAAUUGUUAUAAAAUAAUAAAUUAAAGCUCUCAAUUGGUACAAAACAUUUUAUGAAAUUUAUAUGGUUGGCAUUUCAUUUAUUUAUAAGCAAGUUUAUAUUAGUCUGAAUAUUAAAGAAUUCAUUAUUAUUUGUAAGAUUGUUGCCAAAUAUAAAAUAACACAUAAUUUCAAAUAAAUUUUUUUUGUUCUUUUAUUAAAAAAGAACCUAUACAGUAAAUUUUUUUCAAUUAAAUAAUUUUCUACACUCCCAAUCAGAAUAAAAGGCAAUCACAAAAUAAAAAUUAAUAAAAAUGUUUGAUUAUGGCAAGGAUAAAACUUUCGGAAGUUAAACCAUCUAAAAAAGCAAUUUUGCUUGAAGAAAUCGUCCCUUUGAUGAGCAAUGUUAUUUUCCGGUUUGCAUAUUUAUGAGGGUGAAAGUAUUUCCCCGUGGGCUUUAUUGUUCUUUCACAGUAAAAAUAAAUCACCACCGGCAUUUACCGCUGGAAUGUCACGUUUGCAAAUUGCGCUUUCACAUGCCAAGGCUGAAUUCCACCGUAAAUUGAAAAUAAGACAAUUUUAAUGUUCACCGCGUGUUAUCGUUUUAUGGAUUAAAUUGAUAAUAUGCAGUGAGCGGAGAGUGAUUUUUCCACAACGGGGCAUAAAAAAAGCUGAAUACACACUGCCAAAAGAAAGUUUUAACGACGUGAACGUGCCAGUCCCAGAUCUUCUUUCUUUCUCCAAACUCUUGUUUAUCACUCCACUCUUUCAAAACAAGAAAAAAAAGGUCCAAAAGAAACUUUGCUCCAUAAUUCUCCUUAGUUUGACGUAACAGUUAAAAAUAAACACAAUCGGGUUACAAGCAAUGAUUUUUACAAUAUUAAUAAAUUUGCUAUGCUGUCAAAAUCUGCAAAAAUAAUAAAUUUAUCACUUAGAAUUUGGAAUUUUUUUUUUUUGAUGAAAAAACGUUGAACUUGAGUGGAAUAAAGACAGCUUGGCGCGCAUUUCUCUUUUCCACGCCAUUUAAGCAGCUCGCCGUGCGAUCAUAACACGAAUUACGUUUGCCACAACACGUAAGCCUUUGUGCACCACUCUCGUCUCAACGCUUUUUGCGCCGAGCCAUUACCGAUUCUCAUGUUCACUCGCAUUGAAAUCAGCUACACUUUUGUUAUUGCUGUUGUUGCCGGCACGAAAUGCCAAAGAGAAAAGAGAUGUUCUGCGUGGGUUUGCGAUUUUCCACCGUUAAUCAUCACUGCGCCUCGCGUGAAUUAUAAUUCAUUAGCAACAAAAAGGGCUGGAUUUGUAAAACACGCACGCUGAGAAUUAAUUCAACCAUUCCAAUUAUUUAUGUACGAGGAACUACGUUUUGAGUUAUGGAUUAUGGAAAAAUACAAUAAUUGUAAUUAUUACAAUCUCUUUUUUUAUUAUAGUUUUACAUGAAUUUGAUAGUAAUUAAG